AGGCCCGCCCUUUAGUGCCCUGGUACUGGGUGCUGCUUGUGGCCUUAGACAAGCAUGAGUAGAGGGGCCAGGGGCUGCUUGUCCUGCCCAUUCUGUGCUGGCAUCUCCCUCCCCCUCCACUGAGUACAGGUUAAUUAUAACUCUGACCACAGUGCCCUGUGACGCCACACCCGGGCCAGCCCUGCCCAGGAGACCCAGCAACCAGGUCCAUGUUUCAGCCAUGCUUCCCGCAGGGGUGCCCCUGUCCCACCUGGGCACCUCGGCACUGCUUCUGCUGCAGCUGCUGCUGCCAUCCGCAUCUGCCUUCUUCCCCAACAUCUGGAGCCUACUGGCCGCCCCUGGCUCCAUCACCCAUCAGGACCUGACCGAGGAGGCAGCACUCAAUGUCACCCUGAAGCUCUUCCUGGAACAGCCACCCCUGGGCCAGCCCCCCCUUCGUCUUGAGGACUUCCUGGGCCGAACCCUCCUUGCUGAUGACCUGUUUGCUGCAUACUUUGGACCUGGCUCUCCUUCACGGAGGUUCCGAGCAGCCUUAGGUGAGGUGUCUCGAGCCAACGCAGCCCAGGACUUCCUGCCGACGUCCAGGAACGACCCUGAGCUGCACUUUGAUGCUGAGCGGCUGGGCCAGGGACGCACACGCCUGGUGGGGGCUCUGCGGGAGACUCUGGUAGCAGCCAAAGCCCUUGAUCACACCCUGGCCCGCCAGCGCCUCGGGGCUGCACUUCAUGCCUUGCAGGAUUUCUACAGUCACAGCAACUGGGUGGAACUAGGGGAGCAGCAGCCACACCCUCACCUCCUCUGGCCAAGGCAGGAGCUCCGGAGCCUGGCACAAGUGGGCGAUCCUACCUGCUCCAAUUGUGAAGAGUUGAGCUGCCCCAGGAAUUUGUUGGGCUUCACACUCCUUACCUCUGGCUACUUUGGCACUCAUCCCCCCAAACCUCCAGGGAAAUGUAGCCAUGGGGGCCAUUUUGACCGGAGCAGCUCCCAGCUACCCCGGGGUGGCAUCAACAAGGAUAGCACAUCCCCAGGCUUCUCCCCCCACCACAUGCUGCACCGCCAGGCUGCAAAACUGGCACUUCUAGCCUCCAUCCAGGCCUUCAGCCUCCUGCGAAGCCGCCUGGGAGACAGGGGUUUCUCAAGGCUGCUGGACAUCACUCCAGCCUCCAGCCUGAGCUUUGUCCUCGACACCACGGGCAGUAUGGGUGAGGAGAUCAAUGCUGCCAAAAUACAGGCUCGCCACAUUGUGGAGCAGCGGCGGGGCAGCCCCAUGGAGCCUGUCCACUACGUCCUGGUGCCCUUUCAUGACCCAGGGUUUGGCCCUGUCUUUACAACCAGUGACCCUGAUAGCUUCUGGCAACAACUCAAUGAGAUCCAUGCCUUGGGCGGUGGAGAUGAGCCUGAGAUGUGCCUGUCAGCCCUGGAGCUGGCCCUGCUGCAUACACCUCCACUCUCGGACAUCUUUGUCUUCACUGAUGCCUCCCCCAAGGAUGCCUUUCUCACCAACCGGGUGGAAUCCCUGACUCAGGAACGGCGCUGCAGGGUAACAUUCCUGGUGACUGAAGACCCAUCAAGGGUUCAGGGCCGAGCUCGACGUGAGGUGUUGUCCCCUCUGCGUUUUGAGCCCUACAAAGCAGUGGCACUGGCCUCAGGAGGAGAGGUGAUCUUCACUAAAGACCAGAACAUUCGUGACGUGGCAGCCAUUGUUGGGGAGAGCAUGGCUGCCCUGGUGACUCUUCCCCUGGAACCUCCUGUUGUGGUGCCUGGGAGGCCACUUGUGUUCAGUGUGGAUGGGCUGCUCCAGAAGGUCACAGUCCGGAUCCAUGGGGAGAUCAGCAGUUUCUGGAUCAAGAACCCUGCAGGGGUCUCCCAGGGCCAGGAGGAAGGCAUGGGUCCUCUAGGUCACACUCAGUGCUUUGGGCAGUUCUGGAUGGUGACCAUGAAUGACCCCCCUGAGACAGGGACAUGGGAGAUCCAGGUCACAGCUGAUGGCACCCCCCAGGUGAGAGUGCAAGCCCAAACCUCCCUGGACUUCCUCUUCCACUUUGGGAUCCCCAUGGAGGAUGGACCCCACCCUGGCCUGUACCCCCUGACUCAGCCAGUUGCAGGUCUCCAGACCCAGCUGCUCGUAGAAGUGACAGGGCUGAGCUCCAGACGCAACCCUGGGGAUUCCCGGCCUCAUUUCUCCCACAUCGUCCUUCGAGGGGUCCCAGAGGGUGCAGAACUGGGCCAGGUGCCCUUGGAGCCCAUGGGACCCCCAGAGCGGGGUCUCCUCAUGGCCUCACUACCACCUGCACUGCUGUCCACUCCUGGACCCUUCUCCCUGGAGCUGAUUGGCCAGGAUGGAGGAGGGCGGGGCCUGCAUAGGGUGGCCCCCCAGCCUUGCACCGUGGUCCCUGUCCUUCUGGAGCUCAGUGGCCCCCAGGAUUUCUUGACCCCAGGCAGCAAGGCCCCACUCAGCCUCCGCAUCUCCAGCUUCUUAGCCCCUCAGGAUCUUGACCUUAGGACAUCCAUCAACCCCAGCUUCGCCCUCACUUCCAACCUCUCCAGGGCUUGCCUGGGACUGAAUGAGUCAGCCUGGGGGCGCCUGUGGCUGGAGAUCCCAGACUCAGCAGCCCCAAACUCGGUGGUGAUGGUGACUGUGACUGCAGUGGGUCGAGAAGCCAGCCCAGUGCCCCCAACCCAUGCUUUCCUCCGGCUCCUAGUGCUGGCCCCGGCCCCUCAGGACCACCUCUCUGCCCCUGCCCACUCACCUGGCCCUGUCAUCACCACGGCCACCCCUGUCUUUCAUCCAUCCACUUUGGUGACUCAGGGCAGGGCUGGGAGAGGGAUGGCAGGCAACACCUGGUGGGGAACAAUUGGAGGAGUGCUACUUCUGCUAGGCCUGGCCUCCUGGUGAUACAACAGUCCCUAGAAGGAUGGGUCUCCAGCACUAUUUCAAUCUGCCCCAUUGGUGAGAAGGUCACAUGGGCCUUGGGACUUCACCUGUUCCAGCUGGGAUGGAGGUUUCCCUUCUUAUGCACUUGUCCCUUCUCUUUCUUAAAAACUGCGAGAUUGGGAUAGAGGGCAAUGGAUUUUCCCAGAAUGCUCUUUCUCUAACCCUUACGGGAACUAAAACAAAGACAUUUUUGGAAAAAGUUGCUUUCUAUUUCUCUGUAGCAUCUUUAUUCCACUAACUAUUCGUGCUCUCCCAGUCUCGGGUAGAGAGGAAGAUAUAUGGUGAGUAGAGUAGGAUUGGGAAUGGGGUAGGAGAAUACCAGGAAGUGUUAUUUAUAUAACUUUUUAUUUUAAAUUCUGGAGCAGCUUCUAUUUUAUUUUUGUACUUAAAGCUGAAGGACAGUUUCAAUAAACAUGUCUUCUCCCCCAAAGGGAUUUCAAAGAAAGAUCAUUUUUGCACAUCCUAUAGGGGAGAGAAAGGGCAUGAGACACCAAGAAGAUGAAAUGGAAGUUUUCAGGAGCAUAGGAGAAACCUUACACCAAGAUGUCUGAACGUCAUUGACCCACGACCUGGAGCCAUGUAGCUGCUGGGUUAAGAAGCAGAAUAGGGAGGCUGGGUGUUCUGACUCAGCCUCGUCCUUCACCAGAAUGAGGGGAGUGAGAGGAGAGUUUAGACACGGGUAGGGCCCCUCUGCCCCAUGGGACAGCCCUGCUGAGCCAUCUCCCCAUCUGGCUGGAUGACUCUUUUCUGCUGCCUUGACAACUCCUGGAGAAGAAGAGAGAAGCAGACUGGGUGUUUGUGCUCCUCCCUAUCCUGUGGAGCAAAGGUUUCUGCCCUCCCCCAGCAGCCCUACACUUUACCUGUUGCUGCCACCAGUCCUGUUUCCUUGGCCUUUCCUUCCAAUCCUGGGUGGUGCAAGAACUAGUCUUGUUCCAUGGACAUGGAGAGAACUGGGGGGAGACUCACUGUGUUUUCUGUUAAACCAGUGCUGACCCCAACAACUCCCCUCUCUAGCCCCAGUUCCCAGAAGUCUAAACUAAAAACAAUAAACUCACCUUCCCCUGAAUCAGAUUCUGCAAA